UCCAGUUUAUUUUUCACAAAUAUACCAUAUACCAGAAAAUUACACCAAAAAGAUAUUGGUUCUGUGUUGCAUUUUUGGCGCCGCGACGCUGAUACUUCAAAGAAAUAUCACAGAUUAUUUGAAUUUUAUUUCAUUGACACAAUUAGAUAAUAAUGAUGAAAGAAAUGAAAGUCGAACGGGGCGAAACGACGCCCAUUCGUGGUGGCAAAGUGAAGAGACUGUACCACCAAAGAUAUCGCACCGAAUGGGAAAGAAAUCCAGAGUUUUCGCAAUGGUUGAGUCCAAGCAAUGACGGUUAUUCCGCUCAUUGUCAAAUAUGCGAUGCGGAUAUGUUGGCCAGAUUGGCCUCCGUCAAGCAGCAUCACAACACGAGGAAGCACCAGGAGAGCAUUAAGUGCAACGCAUUCCUAUCAAUGAAUAUGAUUAAAUCCGAACAAGGCAUUACCUUCGAAUCGAAGCCAAAGGCCAAACCCAGGGCCAAAUCAAAGCCGAAAAUCAAGCUCAUUUCAAAAAUGGAACCCAUGGAGGAUCAAGAAAUAGCGUCUAACGACGAUUCCAUAUUAGACGAUUUGCUGGGAAACGAGUCGAUGGAGAGGAAAUACCUCUCCGAAGGGGAACAAGUCGACGGCACGGAGCUGCAACACACCGACGAGCAGGACGUCGAGGAGAUGGAAGCCGAGAUAAUGCACAUGAAGCACGAUGAGGAUAACGGGAUGCGACUGGAAGAUAUACAGGAAGUGUCCAUAGCCGAGGAAAACAUAAUCACCGAAUUCGAUUUGUUUGGCAAGAGUGUGUCGCUGCAGUUGAACCACAUGGAUCUGGAGGAUGCUUUAAUGUGCCAAGAGCGCCUGCAGGUGGUCCUCACGGAGUUCCGUCUUACCUUACUGAAGCGCAAUAGGGAGGCCAAACGCAGUACUUAAGAUUACAUAUGUUUAUAUCGUUGUUUCUUAUGUACGUAGAAUAAUUAACACUGGAAUGCCUAAAUAAUAAAACUAUUCCGCUUCUAUUUCGUCUAUAAAAGCGCGG